CCAUUCACUGCAGUCCAGGAGGUCGUGGUCGUGGUCCGAUAGUCUGAUGUAUUCCUUGUCUAACAAUGAGAGGUGAUAGUGACAAAAAAGUUUUAAGAGUUGUCAACGACAGGAGAAACUAGAUACAGGCCGAUACUAAUGACAGAAACACAACUGUGAUGGUGCAAGGAAAUAUAAGAAGUUUCAAAGAUAAUAGAAAGCAAUAUGUGCAGUGUUCCGCAGAAGUUUUAUGAACUCUGUCGUCUUUGUUUAUCCUGUGAUGGUGUGAAACUGUCUAUUUUCGACGAUGAGGGUAUACAGCGCAACUUUCCUCUCAAAAUUAUGACCUGUCUGUCAAUUGUGGUAUCAGAGCAAGAUCUUUUACCUCCAUUGGUUUGUCAGCGUUGUGUGUACAAAUUAGAUGUGCUUCAUGAUUUCCGGGAAGGAGCAAGAAAAUCUGAUGCCAUUCUUAAGCAAUACCUAAACUAUGCAGAACAGGAAUCGUCUAAAGAUUUACAUCAUGAAGAGCUUCCAUUGCCAAAACCUAUAGAUCUUAACUCUAAAUAUGGCUCCAAACUGAAUAAAAGCCUAUUUGAAGAAAGAGCUCCUUCGCCAAAACCUCUUGAUUUUAAGAAGAAUGGAAUUGUCGCGCCAUCGAAGGAUGAAGGCAGCCCAAAGAACAGGAGCCCAAUUCCUGGAUCUGAAGCAACAAGUGACUUGCCAGGAAAACAUAAUAACCAAGCUGAUGAUGAGUACUUUGAUGAUGAAUGCAGCAACAGCUCCAGGUUGGUUGUAGCUGAGGGUGAGGAGGGUGAAGAAAGUCAGGGUGAAUGCGAUGUUGAGAAUGGAGUGAUUAAAUCGACUGGCAGUGGAGUGACUGAAAAUGGAGAACAAAGUGACGGUGUUGGGCUUGACAUGUCCACAAAGCGUGAGGACCGCCGACAGAAUCUGCAGGAUAGACAGACCGUAAAUGAAAAGGUUAUUCAUAUGGAUGUAAAGCGUGAUAUGGAACCAGCCAGUCCAGAUUAUCUCUCCAGGCCCUUGCUUGAACCUGAAGUUCAGCUGAAAGAGGACAAUGGCCAUGUUUGGACUUCCCCGUCGAGAGCUGAUGAGCAAGACAAUGCCUCUGGAAAUCUCCUUCGUUCAUUGAUUACCAACCGUAAUGAGCGAUAUCAGCCUCCACCCACAUCGUCUUCUUCACCUUCUCCUUCCCUGUCUUCAUUUCAACAAACAUUGCAACGUUCAUUUCUCAAAAAGAGCAGUGAAAUUUUGGCCAAAGCACUUUUGCAUGGACCUGCACCAAAGAACUUCCAUCAUGUUUCUUCUACAUCGUCACCUGCUUCUCAUCCCUAUGAUGUUCUUUCUCAUGCAGCCGAUGGACAGCACCCAGAUCCACCCAAAGACCACAUACCACUCCUUAUUCGUAACAAUGUGAGUGUUUUCCCGGUUGCUGCUGGGCGAACGCAGGGGUGUGGCAGGCGCAAACAGAGUUACCCAUCAAGAGCUUCUGAUGCAUUGGCAGUAGCAAGUCCUUCCUGCAGAAGCCCAGUGAGUUUGACUCAAGAAGCAGCAGAGGAAGAGGAUGGAGUUGAUGGAGGAGAUGCCGAAGACGAUGUUGAGGAGCCAAUGGAAGAGGGAGAAGAAGGUGAAGAAGAAAAUGCAGAAGCUCAAGAUGCUAACAAUUGGUCCAAUUUUCCUGGGGUAGUUAAGUCUGGCAAACUUGCUGCUCGGCGUGUGGAUUUGUCAUGUACAAACUGUGGUACAAUGACUACAACUAUUUGGCGACGCAAUCCACUUGGGGAAAUGGUGUGCAAUGCUUGUGGCUUGUAUUAUAAGUUGCAUGGGGUUAACCGCCCUGUCACCAUGCGGCGUGAUACCAUUCAUACAAGGCGCCGUCGGCCUAAAGGAGAGAAGUCUCCUCGUCAUCGCAACAAAAAUAAACAACCUCCUGUUUCUACAAGUGGAAAUGGAGUUGCAAGUGCUAAUGCUCAAAGUGGGAACAACGUCACUCCGAGGUCCUCAGCUGUAGAAGAUCAUGAUGAAAUGUUGGCUGCAUUACGUCGUCAAAUUCAGCCACAUCUGAUGCUCGCUGCUCUUCAGCACAAGAAUAACAACAGCUCAGCAGUAGCCAAUUUGGCACUACAGCGACAUCAGCUGAAUCUUCCAUCUCUUUCGCAGCCAAAUGUAGUCCGAGCUCAUGCAGCAUCUCCUUACAUUUCAGUGCCAAACUAUGCCACAGUCCAAGUCAAAACUGAAGCAAUGAACUCGGGAGAGAAGGAGUCCUCCAAGAAUUUGGCUGAUGUACCGCUCAACCUGGUUGCUUCAACUCAAAGCGAUUGAUACUUAUUCCAGGGAUGUUCCUUCUUAUGAAUCAAGUCAUGAGUUCAAUGAUGUCCUCUUUUCUGAGUUUACUAUGUAUAUUAUAUGUAUAUGUGAUCAGUAUUGUUUAUUACAGCAGGUCCAUACUAAUUUCAAGUCAAGGUUGCUAAAAGAUAAUCUCACUUCAGUGCCUUGUGGUUUGAUUUGGUAGUUUUGUUUGUAUGCCAUUGUAUCAAGCCUGUCAAUGUUCCUUUCUUAGAGUAUUUUGUCUGGCAAGUAUUUUGAUGGCAGUGUAAAAUCUCUCUUUAGUACAUUUUUCUAUUUCCAAUUUAAUGGACUGUAUGCAAUGUACUUGGACAACUCGGAUCAGUAUUUGCAAGAGGCUGCAGAAUUACUCCUACAAUCAUAGCAUUGUAAUUUUUAUUCCUUUUAAAAGUUAUGUGUGUUGUCACACAAUGUUAUCUGUUUUCUGUGUUGUUUCUAAACAACUUGUUAUUGAGGGACACAGUCUGCUCUAAAAAUUGGAAUCAGAUACAGGGUUUUUAAAUUAUAAAUAUUUUAGAGUAUGUAUUAAUGAUAAUACUCAUUAGAAAUUAUGAUCAAGAGCCGAUUGCCUCGACCAAAACUGUACCUGACUCUUUGGAAAUAAGUGAUUUGCCUUUAAAUCGUGAUAACAUUUUGGCUUUUCAAAUUUUUUUUCUCUUUUCAACAAUGUACCAAGUACUAUUAGUGGCAUCAUUUAUGUUGCACAUGUGGCUUCUAAAUCGUUGCUGCAAAUUUUAGUUACCUAGACUAGAAAAUCUUUUUGCUUUGGACUAUGUUCACAUUUAUUUCCUUGUCAUUGCUCUCGGCUCUCCUGAUCAUGGUGUUUAUUCUGUUGCUUUAAAUUAUUAAGAAUACUGUUUUUAAAACGUUCAUGACACAAUUUUUUUUGUUUGUUUUUUCUUUGUUGUGAUUGAAAUACUGCAUCUUCAUGCAUUUUGUUUUAUCUCUCUCUUUCUUGUUGCCAUGAACAUUCAAUGGCAAAAGAUUCUUUCAAUGAGGAGGCAAUAAUUUUUCUACUUUUGAGAAUUUGCUGUGAUUUUGGUAGAAACUCAGUAUCAUACAUUCAAGGCAUCUGCAUCUGAGUGAGUGUGUUGCCUGUAAUUUACUUGCUUGGAAAAUUUCUCAUGCCUUGCCUCCCCUGUAAUUUUGGUUUUAUCACAAGUCUUAAAUGUGAAGGAUUAAAGAAAGGGAUAUUCUUUUUAGAUAGCAAAUGUAUACGUGUAAAGAUAUGGCUUAGUUUUGGACUAUUCCUUUUGUUUAUGUUUUAGUUCCUCUCCUUUUUGUUUUGCAUUGCUGUUAUGCAAUUCUAUGUAGAAAUCAUGGAUGCAUGGUCAUGUAUUUACAGUUUGGCUAUGGUUCCAACUGCUUUCAUGCUCUCUAUUUUGUGACCUCUUCUCAAGAUUUUCAGUCUUUUGACGCAUCCCAUUCUCAUUUUUUAUCAUUAAAAGUUCAACUUUUUUCAUUCUUUGCUCUCUAAAUUUUUGUCUCAUAUUCAAUUUUGUCUUAUUGACCUCUCACUCAGUGUUGGUUAAUUGUGACUGGAGUCUUUUAUAUCUUGGCAGGCAUUACUUUGUGAAACUGUCUCAAUUGCUUUAUUUUCAUGCUCUUUAUUAGACAUUAUUUGGUGAAGCCUUAUGUUGCCAUUACUUUUGCGAAAAAUCUGGCUUGCGACUCAUGACCAUCUGAUAAAGUCCUAAACAGUUACUUAAGAUGAAAAUUUGAUGUGUGUAAUAAUUUGUGAUAAACAUUUUUGUACUGUGUCUCAAAGAAUACUCUAGACUCACACUGUCUUAAAAUUUCAGUAUUGAUUAAAUGUAGUGUUUUUAAUGAAAGAAACUUAGUGCCUUGAAAUACCUUUUAUGUGCAAGACAAUAACCUAAUGUUAAAAUGUGGUGAUCUUACACUUGAUGUAACAUUGCAUCCACACCCUUAAACAGUAAUGUCUUUGUUUGAGGAAAUGUUUUACCUGUGGAAGUCAUGGUUACUUUGUAUUGAAUUGUCAAGUUUCUUAUGUACAACUCCUCUGAAUAGUUGUGCCUUGAUUAUCUGCUCUCUCAUUUUGUGCGUUGCUCUCAGGGAUAGACGCAAGUCAUUCUUAUUUUCAUGUUUACUGAGGAGGCAAUAUACAGAUUUGUUAACUUGUCAUGCUGAUGUCAUACCUUUUGUCAAGGUCUGUUCCAAGAGAGUUUUGUUAUUAGCUUUUAGUACUGUGUGUCUUUGAUUCUCUUGCUUGUUGUCUUAACUUAUUUUUUUUUGUCUUGUUGCCAUAUUGGACAGCAUGCUCAAAGCUUCAUUAUACUCUUAUGUGGGAAUGACUUUUCAUUAUUAAAACACUAGGAAUACAACUUCAUCAACAAUUGUGUAAUUAAGGUAUCUGUGUGUUGUGCUGCAUCUAGUAUGUCCAUUGCAGUAGUUGUUACUGAACUAAGAUGACCUCCGUAUGUAUUGGAAGUUUACCUUACUAAUCAAAGAAAACAAGGAGAUUUCGUUCGUAAGAGCAGUUAUUUUUAUGAUGAUCUGAAAAUUAAGAAACUUGUUUUUCCAUUUUACUUCUUAUGCAUUUUCCUCUUGGACACUGAAAAUAGCUUGAGUGCUCGUGUGCCUUAUAUUUGAGCAAGGAUUGUGUGUAUUAUAGUAGAAUAUGUGCCUACUUAAGAACCUAGUUGUCAACUAUUGUUGUAAGGGUUUCUGUUCAGUGUGAUAUACGUUAUUCGAUUCAGUCUUCUCACAGGAAUAGUUCUUGGUUGAAAUCAAGGCCAUCAGUUAAAUUGAUAUUUUGUUUAGUGUGAGAUGUACUUCAUGCAGCUGACAGUAACCAUGACUAUUGGAGGCAUAGUUGUUCUGCCAUUUACUUCUGGGUAAUGCAAGCCAUAUGCAAUGCAACUGCUCUACUUAGGUGCCAUUUUGUUAGGGGCAUCUGGACUUUUGUAGCAGUAUCAAGUGUCUGAAACAAAGUUUUGUUGCAUAUUUGACAUGGCUGGUUCUCACUUUCAAUCCACUUAAGCAUUAAUCCACUGUAGACAUGCUCAAUAUUUACUUCUUCGUUAGAUUCAAUUUAAUUUUUGUGAUCAAAGUUUUUAAAAUGACACUCCAGUAAGACAUGAUGCAAUUGCACUCAAAGCCUGACCCCUCUGAUUCAGGAUGUGAAAGUGAAAGCCAUGGUGUUACAGACUGACUAGUUUUAAUAAGUGUCCAAACUUGGAGUGUGAAACCUCCGAAGCCCUCUUUAAUUGUUUCAGUUUUGAAAUUUUUGCCAUCUACACUCAGUUAACAGGAAAUGCUGGUUACUUAAUCUGAAUUCAGUAUGUUGCACAUCUCCAAUGAGCUAUGUACAAAUUGGGUCUCUCUUUUUUUUUCAAAUGUUGUUUUUGCCUCUUGUAUGUACAUAGUACAUAGUUACAAUGUUUACUUAGCACCAAUACUCAACCCCUCUGACUUUUCGCAUGAAAAUUUUCAGAGUCUAAUUUUAGUUUAUAGUGUUUUCAAUUGAGGCUUGCUAUAAAUUGGCCAUGUUGUGUGAUUUUUUUUAAAGAAAGAAAUUGAGUGAGAUAUCUAUUUAUGUGUGGGUUUUUCUUUUUUUUAACGAUCUUGUUAUGUUACGUUGUGUAAGUUAAAUUAAUGCUUGUUUUCUGUACUACCUAAUAUUUAAAUCCUUUUUUUCUUUUAUUUAUUUUUGGGUAAGUAACAUAGCAAUUUAAGGCUCAUGUUUGAAAAGGUUACAUGUUGUGAAAUACAGUCUUCAAGUGGGAAGUAUUCAAAUCAUUUCUUUAUCGGAUGUUAUAAAAUGUUAUGUGAUUUCUGCUGCUGUUCCAGAUUAAUGGCAUGUGUCCUUUUUAAAUUAUGUAUAUUCAUUAGUUCAUUCAUUCAUUCAUUCUUAUUUAUUUUUCUCAUGCGCUAUAGAACAAAUGUUCCUAUUAAGGAGAAAGCAAAAAUCAGUAUUAUUUUUAUUGUUGUUUUAUUCUUGUAUAAUUUCAUGACACGCUUUAGAUCUGGCACACAUUUUUUAAAUCAUUCAGUUGGCUCUAGCCAUAACAUAACAAAUACUUAACUACUUCCUUCUCUGUUGCCUUGCUGUACUUCUGAGGUGUUCUGGUGUAUGGAAAGCGGUGUAAAAUCAACUUUCCUGUUUUGUCAGAAAAUUAUGUCACUACUUUUAUCCUUAAUCUGGAACAGCAUCUGUUGUUGAGCUUUUGCUCGUAAUGUGUUAAACAAAGUGUUUGAUAGUAUUGACAACAAUUAACAAUUGUUGCACAAAAGUCUACUUAACCUUUAUUGUUGGACUUGUGGUGUUAUUUUUCUAAAAGAGAAUAUAACAAUGUACUUCAAUGUUAUUUAUUUUUGUUGUUCUUGUAAAAUCAUGUGUCCUCUCACAGCAAUGGUCAUCAUUGUUCAUGGCAUUCUUGAUUUCUAAACAGGUCUUCAUAAAAUUGAAAAUGUGUCUAUAUUGAUAGAAACUUUCAAUUUACUCAUGUACUUACAUUGAUGUUGGGAUUUGUCUUUCUUCAUCAAUAUGAAAGGAAGACAUUCAAAGAGAAAUACAAUUUCAGUGAACAAAUGAUAACCGUAAUAUCAAAGAAGCAUAAUAUUAUAGUGUAAUGACUUGGAAUCUGAUGAAUUUUGUUUUGCAUUUAUGUUUUCAUAAAAUGUUGACAGCCACUGUUGCUUUGAAAUCCUGUUGCAGGUGUUGUGAAAGAAGGAUGAUAAAAGAUCUCGAGCCACCUCUGUAUUUAUUUAUUUAUGUACGAUGUUUGUUGCAUUUGAUACUUCUAUGAGUUGAAACGAUUUGUUUUAAAUUAUUGUGGGUUGAGUUUUUAAUACCAUUAAACUGGUUAACAUUUUCUCUUGGUUGAAGUUUAUAGACUUAAUGUGGUAAUAACACGGUUAACUAAAAAAAGAGUUUUUGAAGGAGUUUUGUUCUUUUUAUAGAAGAAAAUAGUUAUAGUUAACUUGAAGACUCACAGGAAUGUAGGACUGACGAGUAGUUAUUAUUAAUAAAAUAAAAUU